AUGGCAAACAAGAUCACUGAGAUUCGCGCUGGAAUGACAUGUUCCGGUUGCUCUGGUGCGAUAACUCGCAUCCUCACCAAGGUAGAUGGUGUUGAGAGCGUUGAUUGCGACAUUGAGAAGAACCAAGUGAUGGUCCAUCAUACCGACGCUGUCACUGGAGAGCAGCUCGUCGAGAAGCUCAAAAAUUGGGCCUCGGCUAGUGGUCGUGAGUUGGCACUUAUCAGCACUCAGGAUGCGUAA